AUGCCGGAGUCGUCUGCUGGUAGAACACCUCCCUCAUGCCCCAACGCCCGAUCACGCAUGCGCAGAGACGCUCAUAGCGAUCCCGUGUUUAGCAACUGCCGGACAGUGGCUCAUGACAGGGCAGGCGGGGCCAACACCCGGGCGGUGGCCGAGGACAAGGAAGGAGGGGCCAACACCCGGGCAGUGGCCGAGGACAAGGAAGGCGGGGCCCACACCCGGGCGGUGUCCGAGGACAAGGAAGGAGGGGCCAACACCCGGGCGGUGGCCGAGGACAAGGAAGGCGGGGCCAACACCCGGGCGGUGAUCGAGGACAAGGAAGGUGGGGCCAACACCCGGGCGGUGGCCGAGGACAAGGAAGGUGGAGCCAACACCCGGGCGGUGAUCGAGGACAAGGAAGGUGGAGCCAACACCCGGGCGGUGGCCGAGGACAAGGAAGGUGGAGCCAACACCCGGGCGGUGAUCGAGGACAAGGAAGGUGGAGCCAACACCCGGGCGGUGAUCGAGGACAAGGAAGGCUGGGCCAACACCCGGGCGGUGGCCGAGGACAAGGAAGGUGAAGCCAACACCCGGGCGGUGGCAGAGGACAAGGAAGGUGGAGCCAACACCCGGGCGGUGGCAGAGGACAAGGAAGGCGGGGCCAACACCCGGGUGGUGGCCGAGGACAAGGAAGGUGGAGCCAACACCCGGGCGGUGGCAGAGGACAAGGAAGGAGGGGCCAACACCCGGGCGGUGGCCGAGGACAAGGAAGGUGGAGCCAACACCCGGGCGGUGGCAGAGGACAAGGAAGGAGGGGCCAACACCCGGGCGGUGGCCGAGGACAAGGAAGGCGGGGCCAACACCCGGGCGGUGAUCGAGGACAAGGAAGGUGGGGCCAACACCCGGGCGGUGGCCGAGGACAAGGAAGGUGGAGCCAACACCCGGGCGGUGAUCGAGGACAAGGAAGGUGGAGCCAACACCCGGGCGGUGGCCGAGGACAAGGAAGGUGGAGCCAACACCCGGGCGGUGAUCGAGGACAAGGAAGGUGGAGCCAACACCCGGGCGGUGAUCGAGGACAAGGAAGGCUGGGCCAACACCCGGGCGGUGGCCGAGGACAAGGAAGGUGAAGCCAACACCCGGGCGGUGGCAGAGGACAAGGAAGGUGGAGCCAACACCCGGGUGGUGGCAGAGGACAAGGAAGGUGGAGCCAACACCCGGGCGGUGGCAGAGGACAAGGAAAGUGGAGCCAACACCCGGGCGGUGAUCGAGGACAAGGAAGGCGGAGCCAACACCCGGGCGGUGGCAGAGGACAAGGAAGGCGGGGCCAACACCCGGGCGGUGGCAGAGGACAAGGAAAGUGGAGCCAACACCCGGGCGGGGAUCGAGGACAAGGAAGGCGGGGCCAACACCCGGGCGGUGGCAGAGGACAAGGAAGGCGGGGCCAACACCCGGGUGGUGGCCGAGGACAAGGAAGGUGGAGCCAACACCCGGGCGGUGGCAGAGGACAAGGAAGGAGGGGCCAACACCCGGGCGGUGGCCGAGGACAAGGAAGUCGGAGCCAACACCCGGGCGGUGGCCGAGGACAAGGAAGGCAGGGCCAACACCCGGGCGGUGGCCGAGGACAAGGAAGGCGGAGCCAACACCCGGGCGGUGGCCGAGGACAAGGAAGGCGGAGCCAACACCCGGGUGGUGGCCGAGGACAAGGAAGGCGGAGCCAACACCCGGGUGGUGGCCGAGGACAAGGAAGGCGGGCCCAACACCCGGGAGGUGGCCGAGGACAAGGAAGGCGGAGCCAACACCCGGGUGGACAAUACCGGCCGCACCUUCCCUGGUCGCUCACUGCUCUCUGGGAUCCCAAGCCAAGAACAAGCAGGUGAAGACUUGCUCCCUGAAGCUCGUCCGUGUUAG